AUUGCCUAUGACAAUGUUGUAGCUCCUCUCACUACUCUAAAUUUUUCAUUCGGCUAACAACAUAUUUUGGAUAUAUUUUUGUUGUAAAAUUAAAAUUUUUUGUCGGGACUCUCGAUCGUUAAGUCCGAAUUUGAAUUCCAUUAAACAUUACCCCUAAAGAUGUGCGAUGAGCCGCCGAGGUGCCCUCCAACGCCGCGAUGCUGCCCGCCGCCCCCGCCCCCUUGCAAGCCGCCGCCGACUUUGUGGCAGAAGCUUAACUGCGUUCCCUGUAACCGGUUCUUCUUCUUCCUUGUUGGAGCCGGGAUCGGACUCUAUUGGGACAAGCUGAAGAAGGACGCGGAGAAGGCCCGCGAAGAGGCUAACAAGUCGCCCAAGGAGAAGGAGAAGGACCGCAAGGAAAAGGAGAAGAAGCAGAAGGAGAAGGAGAAAGCAGAGAAGGACAAGGCCGACAAGGAGAAAAAAGAGAAAGAGAAGAAGGAAAAGGAGAAAAAGGAUAAAGAAAAGAAGGAGGCAGCCGGCAAGAAGGACGGAAAGGACGAAAAGAAAAAAUAAGGUCGUCCUCCCCCCCAAAAGCAACUAAGAUCGAGAUGAUGAGCUCCAAUUCGCCGUAAAAAAAUGCCAUGAUAAUGUAACAAUUAUUGUCCCUCCGACAUGCAAAAUUAUCAGUUAAAUUUAUCAAAAAUCA